AUGUUUUGUCCAGAUCCCGACCUUACCGGCAUCACGACUAUCCGUAGUGUGAGCCUAAGCCAGGAACUUGCAGACCUUGGUGGCACAUGGACGCAGGUGAAUGAGCAAUGUUGGGCACUGAAAUCAUUUGGCAGUAGCUUUGUGGAUGUUUCAGCAAAUUUGCCCACAGCACAGUUGCAAUUUCGGACAACUCUUGUGUAUGUGAACUCGGAGUGGCAGAUGAUCGAGUUUGGGACUAGCAUUGAAAGCAUGGUCCGAGCGGAUUGUCAGAUUCCUGAGCUGGAAGGACCUUCGCCGCUGAUCACUUUUGGUUGCAAAAUCAUGAUGAGUUGCGAGCAGAUGGGAUUUACUGUUUUGGAAAACGAGUUUCAUGGAUUAACUGCUGCAGAUGUUCAAGAGACGUUGCCAGAUGAAAUGCAUCAACCCUCGGCACCGUCAGGGCUGAAUGCGGAUGGUUCGGAACCUCUCCGAGAGGAACCAGAAGGCCCAGAGACGCCGAGUGCUGAGGAGGUUGAGCGGACUGACUUGGCAGCCAGAGAUGCGAGUCCAGAAGUUCCGGCAUCACUCACAAUUGAUGAUAUCACUGUAACCUCAGAUUCUCCGUUGCGUGAUUUGCGUGAAGCAUGCAGACUUUGGGGACUUGGCAAGUCAGGUGGCAAGGCAACAAUCUACGACAGGCUUGUCAGGCACUGGCGCAUGAUCAAGCUGAAGGAGCAACAUCAGGUGAUGCUUCAGGGCCAGGCCGAGCAGGCGCGAGAACCUCUUGAGUUGCCACUGCCGAAAAUGCCUUCAGCAGAUGCAGUGAAGAAGCAUGUUCUGACGCAUUUGCCAUUUGCUCCAUGGUGUCAGUAUUGCACCCAAUACAAAGCAAGAGAUCGCCGUCAUCAAGGGCGAGUUGGAGACAUGAGAUCCCGUUCGGUGAUUUCAAUGGAUUUCUGUUAUACCGGAAGGCAUGCAGACCAGCGUGAAGAACCCGCGCAGGAUGAAGAUCAUCCAGAUGAGAAAACAGAUAAAAAGGCACGCAAGCUUGUCACACUCGUACUGCAUGACAGGCAAACCCGUUUCCUGGAGGCUAUCCCUGUGGAGCAGAAAGGCACUCAGCGUUGGUUGCGGUAUUUGUGCAAAGAGAUUUGCAGGUUUGCAAGCAUGCUUGGUUACAACGAUGUUGUUUUGAAAAGCGACAGCGAGCCAACUAUGAGAUGUUUGCAGGAGAUGGUUACCACCCAACGUUUGCAGGUUGGUAUGUCUACGAAAAAUGAGUACAACGCCUCGCACGACCACGCAUCCAAUGGUGCUGUUGAACAAGCAAUCCAGAGCCUCAGGCAACAGGCGCAGUUGCUUUUGCAGCAAUAUGAAGAUGGUGCUCAGGUACGUGUUCAAAGCACUUCUCCCAUUCAUUCUUGGGCAUGGAAGCAUGCAGCAUUUCUUUUGAACAGGUACAACGCGCCAGAUGGACAAACAGCUUUUGAACGUGCUUUUCAGAUGCCUUAUUCAGGUUCAAUUGUGCAAUUUGGUGAAGCAGUUUUUGCAAGGGUUCAGCAACGUUCCAAGGGGGACCCAAGAUUCAUUCGAGGACUUUGGCUGACCAAAUUGGCCAGCAAUGAUGCUCACUGCGUUGUGACUGCAGGCGGGCAACUUGUAGCCUCAAGGACGAUCAAACGCACACCGGCAGUGUGGGAUAAAUCGCUGGAUGGAGCACUGACACAGCAUUCGUGGUGCUAUCCGGGUUUGAUGAGCGGUUUGGUUGUUUUUGCAAAGCCGGCCACACUGACAGCAAAGCCAGUUGAAACAUUUGUCCCACUGCAUGAUGAUGGGGCACCACUUGAAUCCUUGUUGUCAGACGAGUUGGUUGUGAACAAAGAAAUUGUCGUGCAAGAUGAAGCCGCAAGUGAUCCUCCUUCCUCACCCGCAGAAAGGAGAAAUUCAAGCACAAGUGAGUCAACUUCAGAUGCAGAAGCGUCAAAUGAUCCUGGCUUCUUUCAGUCAGUUCUGGAGCCAGUUGGUGAAGAUAUGGAAGUGACAGCAAGUGCACCAGCAUCAGGCUCAUCCCGAGCCGCAGAUGCAGAUCCAGUAGAUGAAAGGCCGCACAAGCAGGCCAAAAUCGACAGUGCGAAGCGUGCGCGGUUAGCAGCGCCUCCUAUGCAUGCGGGAAAUGUCAGCAUGGUUACAAAAGAGCUCACUGGCGUUUGCAUGAUUGGUGGUGAAGCAUUGGGGCAUGCAGAUGAACCUUCAGCGACUGCAUUUGCAGAAGAAGAUUUGGAAUUCUUGGAAGCCUACGAUGACUCGUGGGAGUUCGAUCAGAUGACAGAGGACAUCAAGCCCAGCAAAGAAGAAGCCGAGAGUCUGUAUUUUCCGGGCGGGGCAUAUGAGCCGGAGCUCGCUGCAGAUGCCCUGCAGGAUGUGGACAAUCUUGCAGAUAGAGUCGAGAUUUCAAGGCUUGUUGACAUGGGAGCCUUGGAGCCACUUGCACUUGGGGUGCAUUCGCUCCCAGACCACAGACAUUUGGGGGCCAGGUUCGUGCGGACUUGGAGGCCGAAAAUGGUGGGCAAUGAACUUAAGCAGUUGCGCAGGUCACGGAUUGUGGCAAAAGAAUUUGCAUGGUUGGAUCCCGACAGGGAACAUUUGUUUGCUCCCGCAUCCUCGAGCACUGUGAGCCGAAUCAUCCCAGCAUUGUUUGUGCACAAUCGGACACCGUUGGUGAAACAUCAGGAGCAGUUUCAUCUCAUGUCCAUGGAUGUUCGAGAUGCUUAUUUGACAUGUGCGCAGAAGCACAAGACCGUUGUGACCUUGGAGGUGGACGGUGAGAAAAGAAGUUUUGCGUUGCAUAAAUCAUUCCCGGCCAGCGAGAUGGCAGCAGCAAUUGGUGGACAGAGUUCACUGAGUAUAUCACAGCAUGCGCGCCAGUUGAAUCUUGCAUUGAGAACCCAUCACUUUUCAAGGUAG